ACCAUCUUUGGACUUUAAAAGGAAGAAGAGAGAGGCUAUCGAAUAAAGAAGACAGUGGUUCUCACCAGGCGAAAUCAUUCCUUCGGCCAAAUCACGCCUUCAAAGAUUCUCACUCCACUCUCUCUGUAGACCAUAUACAGCUCUCUGCACCCCGAUUUGCAUCCUCUCUCUCCCUCUCGAACGGGCGGGAAAAUGGCGUUUGCGCCGGAAAACUUAACCAGAGGUCAAUAUGUGUCCUUGGCUAAGUGGGCCGAGCAGGCCGACAGAUUUGAGGAGAUGAUCACGUUCAUACGGAAGGCUGUCCUGAGUUCAACUCCUUCCUCCGAGCUCACCGACGUGGAGCGGAAUCUCGUCUCUGUCGCCUACAAGAAUCUCACUGGCUCCCUCCGAAGCUCCUGGCGGGCCCUCUACACCAUCGAACAGAAGGAGGAGGCUCGCAAGAACGACGACCUUGUUCCUCUUGUCAAGAGUUUUAGAUCCAAGGUCGAGUCCGAGCUGUCCAACGUGGGUGACAGUAUCUUGGAGCUGUUGGAUUCCAACCUGAUUCCCUCCGCUACUACUAGUGAGUCGAAGGUCUUCUAUUUGAAAAUGAAAGGAGAUUAUAAUAGGUAUAUGGCCGAGUUCAGGCUUGGGGAGGAAGGGAAGGCUGCUGCUGACGCUACUAUGUCAGCUUACAAGGCUGCGCAGGAGAUUGCUAAUGCGGAUCUACCUACCAUUCAUCCCGUAAGGUUGGCUCUGGCACUCAACUUCUCGGUAUUCCACUACGAAAUUCUCCGUCAAUAUCGGAAAGCAUAUAAGAUGGCUAACCAGGCUUUUGAAGAAGCAAUGAGUGAACUGGAUACUCUGGGAGAAGAGAACUAUAAAGACAGCACAAUUAUCAUGCAACUUUUGAGAGACAACCUUAACCUCUGGACUACUGAUCCUCAGGAACCGGACGAGCACUGACAUCCAUUGUAGGGAAUGGCGGGUCCGAUUCUUCAUCUGUAGGAGGUGGGCUCUGAUUGUCAUUUCUCGGUGCUUGAUUAGGAACUUCCCUUGCAUGUGACAAGCAAUAUGAUGUUUUUCUUUCUGUUCAGAUUUCAGACAAUAUAAUACUUGUGCUUCAUUUCUAAAAUCAUUUGAGGAGGGCAGUGUGCAGCGGGGGGGCCCUUUAAGUGUAAUUUGAUGCAGUCUUAUUUUUCCCUCGACAUUUUAUGAUCCAAAUUUAGAGUACGACAUCAAAGACAAAUUCUCGUGAAAAAGAAAUUAAGCAAAAGGCCAUGUUAACUAAUCCUCUCACCGAGUGAGA